CCGCCCGAGCCGGCCGCGCCGUCGUGACCCUCCUCCCCGCCCCCUCGGCCGGCUCGCCCGGCUAUAAAGGAGGGUUUUAUUCUCGGGCUCCGGUCUCACGCCAAACCCUGUCACACCGUCUAGACGAGCUGUCGUGGGGCUCAGCCCAGCUGUCACCAUGGCGAUGGAGACGAGUCCGCUGUGAAUUUUGGGGGGAGAGCGAGAGCGAGCGAGAGCGGCGGCGGAGGAGAAGGAGGAGGAGGAGGAGGAGGAGGCGCGGGAGGAGGAGGAAGGCUCGGCCGCCGCCGUGCCCUGCCCUGCCCGCCGCCGCCGCCCGCGAGGGAGGCACGGACCCCCGGCGCUCCGGGCCGCGGCUGGAGCCGGCCCAGCGGGGAGCCCCGGGGAGCCAGCGGCCGCCGAGCGCCUCAGAUGCGUCUGUCACACAACGCCGGCCGAGCUAUUUAAAGUAACGGGCCUCGCCGGACUUUGUCUCUGCCUAUUUAUGAGUCCCCGGGAGCUGGCCGGCGCCGCCGGGCAGCGCUAGGAGCCGCGCCGCAGCGCCAGCCCCGCGGGGACGCCAGCGCCGAGCCGGGGGCCGGGCCCGCCCGGAGCAUGACGGCCAUCGGGGCGCUCCUGCUCUGCUCCUGCCUGGGGCUGCUGCGGCCGGGCGCCGGGCAGCCCUUCCUGCGGCUGCGGCCCUCGCCCAGCGACAACCUGCCGGUGAAGGACAUCGUGGAGCACCCGGACCCCGAGUACGACCCGAAGGAGCAGGACCUGGACGAGCGGACUCUGCGCAAGAAGCUGGGCAGCCAUUUCGACCCCGGCUUCAUGGCCGUGGCCGUGCCGGGCCCCGCCAACGCUUCCGCGGGCGCCGAGGCGGCGGCGGGGCGGGCGCGGGCGGCGGAGCUGCGGCGCUUGGAGCGGGGCGGGCCGCGACUGCGGGUGGGCAAGAAGGCGAGGCGGAAGGUGCUGCAGUGGCUCUGGGCGUACACCUACUGCCCCGUGCUCUACACCUGGAAGGACCUGGGCGUCCGCUUCUGGCCGCGCUACAUCAAGGAGGGCAACUGCUUCGCCGAGAAGUCCUGCUCGCUGCCCGAGGGCAUGUUCUGCAAGCCCGUCAAGUCGGUCACCAAGACGUUCCUGCGCUGGCACUGCCAGGGCUGGUCCAGCCAGAAGUACUGCACCUGGAUCCCCGUGCAGUACCCGCUCAUCUCCGAGUGCAAGUGCUCCUGCUAGCACGGCCCCCGCGCCGCCCCGGCCCUCGCGCUGCUCUCUUUGCUCGUCUGCAUCUUCCGAGGGGGGGUUCGUCCGCCCUCCCCCUCGGGGCGAGCGCGGGGCGUGAUGGGGGGGUCGGGGGGAGGAACCGGGUCUGACUUAUUUUAAUGUUAUUUUAUUUGAAAGGGGGAGAAGCGAACCCAGGAACUGCAGGGCAGGCCAAAGGCACAGUAAAGCACUACAAUCAGAUGUCUAUUUUUAUACGUAUAUAGCCUUCUAACGAAAGGAAAAUAAUAAUAAUAAAGAAAAAAAAAACCCUAAAAAAAAAAAUCCCAGCCGUGUAAAUAGAGAGAUUUUAAAGGAAAGGGGGAAAUCGCAGCUGUUUUUUUUUUUUUUUAAUUAUUAUAAUUAUAAUUAUAAUUAUUGUUAUUAUUAUUAUUUUAAAAACGUAGGACCACAUUUUAAACCCUUCCC